GAGGCACAUGAGGCGGCUGGAGGAGAAGGGUUCUUGGGGUCUCAUCCCUGCUGCUCCGUCCUCGUCCUCCCCACCCUGCUCAUCCCUGGCCUUGACUGCCCAGGCCCUGAGACGUGCGCUGGCAGCAGGAAGCCCGACAGCUUUGAGUGCGAGGAUCUGCCAAGGUCCAGCCAGGUGGCCUCGAUCGUUUUCACGGCGUCUCCGAGCCUAUUUCCCGGCCAGGAGGACGGGUGUGAUGUUGCCUCUUUGGCACGGGGUCCAUAACGCAGAGUCCUAUGUGCCCCGCGCUGCCUCCCGGUACCCGCCCUGGCCGCCACCAGGAUAGGUGCCAUAAAGAGCAGUGAAGGAGGCGCAGGCCACCCUAGCCUGUGACAGUACGAGCGCCUGUGUAUUUGUCGGGGUUGGGCUGAGACCUGGAGCUGCCAAGUAACAAUGACAUCUGACAUUAAACAGCGAGGCCUCCUCUCCAGACACAGUGCUCAGGCUUGACCGAGGGUCCUUAUCCAUAACUCCGCUGUAUAGACGAGGGACUGACCCACGAUAGUGAUGGUCUGGUGGGAAGAAGCCGGUGGCUCUCCCCUGGCCCUGGGGCUGAGAACAAUCCGGGAAGUCUGGACAGUGGGCCUGGCCUACUUGCUUUCGGGCGCCGCCUGGAGUCCCCCCUCGGUGGGGUUAGGAGGCGCGGGGCCUGCGACUGCGCACUGCGCAAGCGCGCCUCUCUGGCCGCGCUCUCCACCGCCUGGUGCGCACAGCAGCCUGCAGAGCCGAGGAGGCGGCGCAAUGGUCGCGGCGUUGUUUGGCUGCUGGUUCCGCGUGGGCGGGGCCCGCCCUGGGGCUUCCGGCCCGGUCAUCCCGGUCGGCCCGACUGUGGUACAGACCUCCAUGAGCCGGUCCCAGGUAGCCCUGCUGGGCCUGGGCCUGCUGCUCAUGCUGCUCCUGUAUGUGGGGCUGCCAGGCCCCCCUGAGCAGACCUCCUGGCUCUGGGGAGGCCCCAAUGUCACAGUCCUGGCUGGUCUCACCCCUGGCAACUCCCCCAUCUUUUACCGCGAGGUGCUCCCGCUCCACCGGGCACGCAGGGUGGAAGUGGUGCUACUCCAUGGAAAGGCCUUUAACUCCCACACAUGGGAGCAGCUGGGCACACUGCAGCUGCUGGCGCAGAGGGGCUACCGGGCCGUGGCCCUUGACCUCCCAGGUUUUGGGAACUCUGCACCUUCCAAGGAGGCAAACACAGAGGCAGGGCGAGCAGAGCUGCUGGAGCGGGUGCUGCGAGACCUGGAGGUGCACAAUGCCGUUCUGGUGAGCCCCUCUCUGAGUGGCCGUUACGCCCUGCCCUUCUUGAUCCAAGGCCACCACCAGCUGCGUGGAUUUGUGCCCAUCGCACCCGCCUCCACCCAGAACUACACCCAGGAACAAUUCUGGGCCGUGAAGACCCCGACUCUCAUCUUGUAUGGGGAGCUGGACCGUAUCCUGGCACGGGAGUCACUGCAGCAGCUCCGGCACCUGCCCAACCACUCUGUGGUGAAGCUUCGUGAUGCAGGCCACGCCUGCUACCUCCACAAGCCUCAAGACUUCCACCUUGUCCUCCUUGCCUUCCUUGACCACCUGCCUUGAGUUCACCCACUGACUAGGCCCCAGACCUGGCCUGAGCUUGGAGAAUCUGGACCAGUGCUCCACCAGGGAGGCAGCCCCUGGGAUUGGAGAGUGGAGAGUGGAAGCCAGGGGGCCAUGCCCAGCCAGGACCUCUCAUUUCAUCUCACAGACACAAUAAAAAAACACAUUUUUGUCA